GCAGGACGUCAUUCACUGGCGAAACACAGGAAGAAGGUUGAGUUAUUUUGUUUUGUGUUUAUUUCCUGGAUUGAUUGGCUAAAAGAAAAGGUUUGAUAGCGUACUUUUCACUCAACUAGAAGAAGAAAUACUGUAGCUGUUCCAAGCCAUGACGCAUUGGUUUCACAGAAAUCCUUUGAAGGCCACCGCGCCUGUUUCCUUCAGUCUGUAUGGAGUAGCUGCAAGUACUGGUGCUAAUAAGAUAUGCAAUGACCUGAAGUCAGCACGAGCACGGCUGUUAGAACUGUUAACAGAUGUCACCGCUAAUGCUGAAAUGAUGAAAAAUGCUACAGAUGCAUACUUCUCACUUCUACAAGGCUUCAUACUUUCUCUGGAUGGUACAACACAGGAAAACAAGCUGCGCUUCAUUCAGAAUUUUAAAUGGACUGACACCUUGCAAGGGAACACUCCAAGUGCACAGCAGGAUGCAGUGUUUGAGCUUGUCUCAAUGGGGUUUAAUGUUGCUUUGUGGUACACAAAGUUUGGGUCUAGAAUGGCCGGAAAAGAAGAUAUAACAGAGAACGAGGCAAAAGAAGUUCACAGAAGCCUGAAAACUGCAGCUGGCAUCUUCAGACACCUUAAGGAUAGCUACAUACCUCGGCUUAUCACUCCUGCAGAAAAAGGAAGAGACCUAGAAGCUCGAGUUAUAGACACCUACAUUGUCCAGUGCCAGGCAGAAGCACAAGAAGUGACCAUUGCCCGGGCAAUUGAACUCAAACACAAUGCAAGUCUUAUAGCAGCUCUGGCCUAUGAAACAGCCAAUUUCUACCAAAAGGCUGAUCAUACCCUUACUUCCCUGGAGCCUGACUACACUGCAAAAUGGAGAAAGUACCUGCAGUUGAAACAGUGUUUCUAUAUGGCAUAUGCGUACUGCUACCAUGGACAGACUCUUCUAGCAAGUGACAAAUGUGGAGAAUCGAUCCGAUCUCUACAAGAGGCAGAGAAGUUCUAUGGCAAAGCAGAGGAUCUGUGUAAAGAGUAUAGGCAGACCAAGGGACCAGGAAGUACAGCCAAGCCAUCAGAGCAACUCUUCUUCAGGAAAUUAGGGUCUUGGAUCAAAAACACACUGGAGAAAUGUCAAAGAGAAAAUGGAUUCAUAUAUUUCCAAAAGGUUCCUCCAGAAGCUCCCCAGUUGGAAUUGAAGGCCAAUUAUGGGCUUGUGGAACCAGUUCCAUUUGAAUUUCCAGCUCUUCAUCCUCAGUGGUCACCAGAAGUAUAUGCUUCAUUUGACCUCACUAAAGGGUUAAAGGAUGAAAAGGCCAAACCUAAACAAGAGGAUGAAAUAAAGCCAAUCAAGGAACCUGAUCUGAAGCCCCAGAAAGACACUGGAUGCCUUAUUUCCUAAGAUUAUAAAACUCUCAUCAUCUAUACAAAGUAUGCAACUUUAUCAAAGAGAAACACUGACAACCUACUACUAUUACUGCAUUGUAAAAAUCAUUUGUCCUACUUUUCAUGGUUAUGGUUAUCUAAACUUGUAUUCUGUUUAAGCCAGAUAGGGACCAGAUAUUGUAAAUUUUAACUUCUGCUCAUACAAUAUAAAUAAUAAUCUUGAUAACAUAUUUGAGAAAGGCAUGUAUGAAAUUUCAAUGUGUGUAUCAAUAUCAUUUAAAUUGGUUUGUCAUGGUUCCUUGCUUAUACUUUUUAUGGUCUUCAUAUUGAUGUGAUUUUGACAUAAUAUUAAGCAAACAUAUAAUUCCUAUUCAUGCUAUUUAAUCAAUGUUAUUAUAAUAUGUUGUGGACUCUGAGAAAGGAUGUUGUUUCAGAGCUGAUUUCUUUCUCACAAUUCGGUAGUAUUUUUAGGAAUUGUUUAAUACAUGGCGUCUAUCUUAUAAUUGAAUCUGUCAAAAAAAAAAACCACCUAAAUCUAAAAACAUUUCAUUAUUUCACAGAAUUUUACAACUACGACGAGAGAAAAAAAAGAAAAAAAAAAAAUCUUAGGUAGCCCCCAGAAAAGAGGGAAUUUGGGAAUGUCUGUUUCAAUUCGAUACAUUUGUCAAUAUUUAAAAUUCCUGUGGAAUCUGAGUCCAUGAGCACCUUUGCAAUGUGGAGGAAAUUUGCCUCAAGGUUCAUGGUAGAAUUCACUGUAGUCUCACCGAAUACAGUUGGCUUUUGAAUUUGUUUUCUUUUUAAGUCUUUCCACAGUGCAGAAGUUGCACCAUGUUUUUGGUAUAUGUUUAUGGAUUUUUCAGUACAAUAAUGAAAAGUGUUUAAUUUAUAAACAAUGGUGUUUAGGGGGUUUCUUUAUGAAUUUUUUAUGUGAAGGGUUAAACCCCUUUUUAAAAUUGUUGAAACAAACCAUUUUUUUCCACACUCCGUAAUGCUGUGAUUUAAUUUCUUUUGACCAUCAUGACAUGGAGAUAGGCAAGCUGAAUGUGUAUUAUUAAUUUACUUGGUAGUUAUGCAGUAAACAGUUUUCAGCAAUUUGAUAACAUGCUUCAAUAUGUAAUACAUGAAGAACUGUCAUUAAUAUUGUAUAUUUUAAAAUAGCUCCAUAAUGUGUCAAGCAAGAAAAAACAUUAAUGGCUUUCUUUUUCAUAGUGUGUUUAGUUUUAAACCAUGCACUUUGACUUUUUGCAAUGUUUUACUUCCACAUCCCUGUACAUAGUUACGUGAUUAUUGCAAACUAUAGUACAGUUCUGUAUUUACAGGUACAUGAAUAAACUAACAAAAAGUAAAA